AUGCAGCUCAAGCCGAUGGAGAUCAACCCCGAGAUGCUGAACAAAGUGUUGUCCCGGCUGGGGGUCGCCGGCCAGUGGCGCUUCGUGGACGUGCUGGGGCUGGAAGAGGAGUCUCUGGGCUCAGUGCCAGCGCCUGCCUGCGCGCUGCUGCUGCUGUUUCCACUCACCGCCCAGCAUGAGAACUUCAGGAAAAAACAGAUUGAAGAGCUGAAGGGACAAGAAGUUAGUCCUAAAGUGUACUUCAUGAAGCAGACCAUUGGGAAUUCCUGUGGCACAAUCGGACUUAUACACGCAGUGGCCAAUAAUCAAGAUAAACUGGGAUUUGAGGAUGGAUCAGUCCUGAAACAGUUUCUUUCUGAAACAGAGAAAAUGUCCCCUGAAGACAGAGCAAAAUGCUUUGAAAAGAAUGAGGCCAUACAGGCAGCCCAUGAUGCCGUGGCACAGGAAGGCCAAUGUCGGGUAGAUGACAAGGUGAAUUUCCAUUUCAUUCUGUUUAACAACGUGGAUGGCCACCUCUAUGAACUGGAUGGACGAAUGCCUUUUCCGGUGAACCAUGGCGCCAGUACAGAGGGCACCCUGCUGCAGGACGCUGCAAAGGUCUGCAGAGAAUUCACCGAGCGUGAGCAAGGAGAAGUCCGCUUCUCUGCCGUGGCUCUCUGCAAGGCAGCCUAAUUCUCUUGGGAGGGACUUUGCUGAUUUCCCC